CAUCGCUCGUCGCCCAUCACCCAUCAUCCAUCAUCCAUCGUCGAUCGCCCAUCAUCCAUCGCCCAUCAUCCAUCGCCCGUCGCAGUCCAAGCACACCCCCCUCCAGCAGCGAGAACCAUGGCCGACCACUGCGCCCCUGCAAGCAAUCCUUUGCGAAUGCUCUCGGCCCACCUCGACCAAGCAGGUUCCAGCAGCCAGAAGAACCAGCGUCCUCCCCACUCGUAUCCCGUCGCUGGCCCAUCCUCCCAGUCGCCGUUCGCCCAUCCUGGCCAGCUGGCCCUGCGCCCGGUCCCGCUCGCUCGUCCUGAUGCCGAGCUGCUGCACAAUCAAAAGCUUGUGGACGAGUUCUAUGAAAGCACAUCCCCACUCAAGGGACCGCUGUUUGGUACUCCCCUGCGUUCUGCCCAGCGCCCAUCGCCCGUCCACUCGCUGGGCCAGCAGCUUGAGCAAAUGAAUCUGGGACAAAUGGCCCAUGCGGCUGUUGCGGCACCGGAUUUCACCGCCGAGUUUCUGGCUCAGAAAGCCGGGGGCAUCCCUCUCGAGUCGCCGCAUCACCCGAUGUUCGAAUCGGCGUUUCGUCGCGCUCAAGUCACUACCGAGCUGCCGACUCAGUGGACGCAAGAGUUCCAAGCCAGUCAGGAUGGACUGCCUCCGAUGUCUGCGCUUGCAGAGAACCACAGCGCACUUUUUGAAGCAGCAUUUGAGGAUGCAAAGAAAACCAACGUGGGAUCUUGGACCGAUGAGUUUUCGACACUCCAAGGCGGCUCCGCUGAAUCGUGGGCGGACGAGUUUCAGGCGCAGCAACCGGUAGUCGUCAGCGGCGACACCCCAAAGGAACAGCUCAAGAAUGUAGCCGGCCUCAUCACAGACAUCGUGGCAAGUUCCAACAACGCCAAGAUGAAGAACUCCAAGUUCUUUGCGUUUAUGGAGCAGAUCCGAGACGAAAAGGUUGUCAUUGAGAACAACACCGUUACCGCCGUGACCGAGCCCAGAGGCGCCGCAGGAACUUGGGCGGAUCAAUUUGUCGCCGCACCGACACAAUCGCAGGCCACGGCAUCGACCUGGGCGAGCGAAUUCAGAGUAGAAAUGGGUACCGAUCCCAGUGCAACUGCUCUCGAGAGCCCCCACGCCGCUGCAGACAAGUGGAUCGGCCAGUUCGAUCAACCGCCCGUCCAACGCUCGAGGUGGGAAGAGGAAUUCACAUCCCUGCAAGUCCAACACGACGGCGACAACGACGGCGACUGGAUCGAGGAUUUUACAGAGACGCAUCUGCCCCCCACCAAAGCGCUGGAUCAUGCUGAGAUGCUGCGGGAUUUCGAAGCAUUCAAGCAAAGUGAUCAAGGCCAGACCGCCCUUGGUUCAACGAGCACCGAUUCGCGUGACGACUGGGUCGCUCAGUUCGAAACUGAGAACCGCGAUCUGCAGGAAAAGAUCAUGAGCGUCCUGAACUCCCAGGGUGCGCACUUUCACGCUCGAUACGACAACUAUGAGUUCAGCCCAAACAAUCCGUAUCUGUCGCAGUCUCCGGAAGCGCUUUCUCGAGCGCUAGAAGGCCUCAGCAACCAGAAUCUGAUCGACAAGAUCCUCAUCUACGAGGCGAUUGUACAGCAGUCCAACGAACCCUCGAGCGUGUGGCUCCAACUGGGUCUUGCUCAGCAAGAGAACGAAAACGAUGUGGCCGCGAUCUCGGCCCUCCGCAAGUCUCUCCAGACCGGCUCAGCAGCGUCGGGCGCCUGGAUCGACCUGGCAGUCUCCUACACCAACGAAAGUCUGCGGGACAGGGCCAUCCAGUCGCUUGAGUCGUGGCUGUCAAACCAGCCCGAGUACCAAUCUGUCCACCAACGCUUCAAAGACAGUACCGCCCCCACACCCGUGGCUCGGCUGACCGAGAUGUUUAUCGAAGCUGCGCGCUGCCGUCCGUUUGAUCUCGAUCCCAACGUUCAGGUGGCGCUCGGAGUCCUGUUCCACAUCUCGGGAGAAUGGCAAAAGGCGACCGAGUGCUUUGAAGCUGCCCUCAGCAAGCGCCCCCGAGACUACUUGCUAUGGAACAAACUGGGUGCAACCUUGGCCAAUGCCGGCGACACCACCCGUGCUCUGGAGGCCUAUACCACGGCCCUGGAAAUCAACCCGUGUUGCAUCCGGACGCGGUACAACAUCGGCAUCAGCUGCAUGCAGCUCGAGUACUACAAGGAAGCAGCUGGGCACUUCCUUGCGGCGCUGUCCAUCCAGAACGAGGGGCUGAGCCAGGUGUAUCAGAAGCUUGGGGCACCGCUAAGCGCGGACCCAAAUGGGCUGGUAGGAUAUGGCACAAGCCUCAACCCUAUUCACGACAUGCAGUCGCUCAAGUCGCGCAACCUGUGGGAUACCCUCCGCACCGUGGUCGAGAGUUUCAUGCGCCGACCGGAUUUGGGCACUGCCUGUGCCAACGAGGACCUGGAUGCGUUCCGCAAGGAGUUUGAGUUUUGAGCUUUGAGCUGUGAGUCCCGAGGCUUGGAGGGUCGAAAGCCUGCAUCACUCUCGACACCAAGUUAACAAAUGCUGGCAGAGAGAUGGCCGGCGUGGGACCGACGAGAAUCCACCUGUUGAGGGACUACCCGGGAAUACACCAUUCUAUCGGACCCCUG